CCGAGACUUAAGUCAUUGUAUACAUGGGAGAUGAGAAAAUGUGAACGUGUUUGCAUCUGCGCGACAACAUGGAUUUCAAUGCCAUGAAAUUAGUUUUGAUUGGCAUCUUAAGCCUUUUAUUUUUGAAUAAUGUUGCUAUGGGCAGCACCGUGCAGACUACAGUUGCCCCCACUAAUCCUCUCGACAAUAUUGAUACGACCGUCGAAACUAUAGACGUUACGGGUGUUGAUGAUUCUCUGACAAAUACUAUCCCGCCAAUGGUGUUAGGAGGUUUGCCAAAUAAAUCCACUUGUACAGGGCACAACAUAACGAAUAUUGCAGACGGAACCAAUUGUUUGAACGGCGGAACAUGCGAUAACGGAUCGUGUGUCUGUACAGGAGAAUAUGGAGGACCUCUAUGCAACAUUUCCCUCACGUGUCCUUCUAGUUACUGUAACCUUCACAACACGAAAAACUGCACCGUAGAAGUCAAAGAUGGACAAGCUGUCUACAAGUGUUUAUGCCAGAGCGUCUUCUGGAUAGGCAAUCAAUGCGAUGUGUACGAUUAUUGUCUAAGCUAUCCAUGCCAGAACAGAGGUACAUGUGAACUGACCAAUGAAAGAUCCUUUAUGUGUCAUUGUAUGACGGGGGACCAAACCAAGAAUUGUCGACUUAAUGAAGCCGAUGAAUGUAAAAACAGGCCUCCUGUCGGAACAGAUUAUUUCAUAACGUGCAUUGACAGAAUAGGUGGAUAUGAUUUAAUAUGUGCCCCUGGGUAUACCCGCCCAAACGAUGGCUGUGGAUAUCGCGAGAAUCCGACCACUUUCUGCACAAAGUAUAAUCAGAAUUGCACUAACGAAGGCUACUGUAAGCCAUUGUGUAACGUUGAAGUAUGCAAUGGGACUUCCAACUGCAAUUUCACCACUAAGCCCUUCCCAGAUACAAACACCACAGACGACUGCGAAAUGAGGUUUGCGGAUGGAUACUUAGAAACAAAAUGCUCGAGCGAGGACAUGCUGUUUGAUGGCAAUGACGCCAUCGUGCACAAACUGACAGACUGCAGCCCUUUCUUCGAUACAGUCUGCACGGGCAAAUUUGGAAAUAACGUUUGUGACCCAGAAUGUGAUAAUGCCGACUGCCUAUACGAUGGUUGGGAUUGCGCAGAGAACCACGACGACACUCUUGACAAACAGCUACCAGGGGGCGUGGUCAUCGAUUUUGCACGCCGCCCGAAGUCUCUCUUCCAAAAUAAGCUAUCCAUGCUCACCCGAACGUUCCUGAACGUAACUCUAGACAAGUCCGGCAAAACGGCGUAUAUGAAAGUGAGGGCGGAAAACUUCACGACUGUUGCUAACGUUACACGAUUCCUUGCGGGAGCGAUCGCUAAACUGCCCUACCUUAUUGACUACGUCACUGACGUCUUUGUAUGUGAAGCGGGCAUGUGGAACCCUUCAACCAAAUGUUCGCAAAAGUGUGGUAGUACCUGCUUACCACAAGGGGAUGAGAUCUGUCACUGGGAAACGGGCGCUUGUCUUCAUGGAUGUAACGAUGGUUUCUAUGGUGGAACAUGCAGUAUGGCAUGUCCACCAGGCUGUAAGGAUACAUGUUAUGUUAAAGAUGGAACGCCUCUAUGUAGCGAAUGCAAGCCUGGGUUUUUUCUUCAAACAUGCAACGCCACAUGUGACAGACACUGUCGGGGCGGAAUGUGUCAAUUCCGUUCAGGUACAUGUACAUGCUCCGAUGGAAGACUGUGGUCUAACCAGACAAACAGCUGCCAGUGUCAACACGGUUGGUUUGGAAGCAGAUGCACAGAGAAGUGUAACAGCAACUGUGAAGGUGGUGGUUGCAUCGAGGUUUCUGGAGCUUGUGCGAUGGGGUGUAUUUCUGGUUACUACGGACCUGAUUGUUCAAAAGAGUGUGUAGGCUGCGACAAUUGUGACGAAAAAGGAACAUGUCCAUUGAAACCAGAGAAGAAAACGGUGAACGACGACUCGAAUUCUGAUAGCGUGGUAAUAGCGAUCGUGGUGGUGGCGGUUUUGGUCCUCUGCAUCUAUGUAUUUGUCGUCUGUAUAUGUAAAUCAGACUGUCAGCGCGCGAAACGGUGGUAUCUGCGCAGGCGCGGUCAGUCCGGCGAGUACCCGAUUGAAGACGAUGACGACGUUAUAAAAGAUCCCGUACCCGAGUCGGAAGCAUUCCUGUCGGCAACUGGUGUUUCCGGUUUGCAACCCACCUCGCCAAAAGUCGGGAGAUCCAAAGACAUGAUAGAUAUGGAUAUCAUGGAGGUACCUGCGGUUUAUGACGGACGUAAAUCAGGGCCUACUCUGGAGCCAUUGCAAAAAGAACCAAAAGAUGGCAGCCCUGAAUCAAGACAGCCGGCUGACGGUGCUAGCGAAGCUGAACCGGAAGCGCAUGUCAACGACAGGGGCAGAUUUGCCUCGUCGGUUGUCAUCGAGGUUGACGGCAAGGGUCGACUUUUAUCCAUUACGGAUCGGGAUCAAGUGCCCUCACCCAGCGCUCUGAAAGAAGCUCCGGAUGACGAGGUGUUUAGUGUUGAGAUAAAUGACGCGGAAAAGUCUCACGAUUUUCCUCACAUUGACGAAGACAUUACGCCACCACAGAGUCCACUUGGAGAGUCCAGAGCUCCACUAGCGUCUGAGGAAAACAUUCUGAAUGACCUUGGUCCGAGAAUGAGUGUGAAGUCUGGAGGCAGUGAGGACAAGAACAGAAAGGGUUCCAGUCGGUCAACUUCGAGCUCUAGCACGAAUUCAUCGAGGAAAUCUAGCUCGAUGAAAUCUGGCUCGAGGAAAUCCAGCUCGCGUACAUCUAGCUCGAGCAGCCAUUCAUCACGUGACGAGUCGAACAAAGAACACGUGACGGAGAUGUAACACCAUAUGUACAAUUAAAACAUUGAUACUAACAUAUGACAUAGCGUGUCCAAAUAGUGUACGAUAUCUUGCACGAUAUCAAAAUCCAUACAGCCGUUACUUCCCUUGUCUUGCAAAUAGCAUUGCCAUCACGCAAAUCACAUGACAUUGAUAACUUUAAAAACAACGUUAUUAUAUGGCACUAAAAUAAAAUAUUGCAUAAAUACGUAUACAAAGGAUAGUUUUAAGAAUUAAUUUUAUAUAGCUUAAGUCCAGGGGUAUUAUUAUGCGUGGAUCGGCUCGUCAAGGGCGAUCACUGUGAAGGAGAUUGGCACGGUACGCGCACUAAUUCAUAACCUGAUUUAAGUGCACACCAUCAACAUUGUGCACAAUUGCAUCCGAACAGAGACGGUGUUUUAACAUAAGCCGUAAUAAUACAACAUAUGUAUAUGUAGUACAUAUCGUUAUAUAAAUAUCUGUAUUGUUUUAUAUCCUCCAUUAAAGCGUUAAAAUGUU